GAAUAUGUAUCUGCCAAUGUCAUAAGUUCAUAACUUAUUCUUCUCACAAACUCAAGGAGAGGAAAAAAAACAGAGAGAUGGAAAAGAUGAAGAGUUGGUUGAAAAGAAUGAAGCCAUUCAUUGCAGUGAUCGUCAUGCAAGUCGGGCUCUCGGGUAUGGAUGUUUUAUCGAAAGCCGCUCUUAAUCAAGGAAUGAGCAACUAUGUUCUCGUCGUCUAUCGCCAUGCCAUUGCCACCGUUGUCAUUGCCCCUUUCGCUCUUCUUCUCGACAAGAAAGUGAGGCCAAAGAUGACAGGCUCAAUCUUUCUUAAGAUAAUAGCACUCAGCUUAUUGGAGCCAGUUAUUGAUCAAAACUUGUACUUUUUAGGGAUGAAAUAUACAACAGCAACAUUUGCUGCUGCCAUAGUCAAUAUUCUCCCUGCUGUCACUUUUGUUAUGGCAUGGAUAGUUGGGCUUGAGAAGGUUAGAAUAAAGACUCUGCACAGCCAAGCUAAGAUAGUCGGGACAAUAGCAACAGUAGCAGGAGCCAUGGUUAUGACAGCGGUGAAAGGACCAGCUGUUAAUUUGUUUGGAGUAAAUGGAAACAGUUACCAUGGAGGAGGAUCAUCUGCCGUUAGUCUGCAUGACACAAUCAAAGGUGCCUUGCUCAUCACGAUCGGGUGCUUCAGUUGGGCUGGUUUCGUCAUCCUCCAAGCAAUCACGCUAAAAACCUACCCAACCGAGCUCUCUCUCACAGCUUGGAUUUGCCUAUUCGGCACCAUCGAGGGUGGCAUAGUCGCGAUGGUUAUGGAAAGAGGAAACAAUAGCGUCUGGGCUCUGCACUGGGACACUAAAUUAUUAGCAGCUGUAUACACCGGAGUGGUUUGCUCAGGAUUUGCUUACUAUAUCCAAGGAGUUAUAAUGAAGGACAGAGGCCCUGUUUUCGUUACCGCCUUUAAUCCUUUGAGCAUGGUUAUAGUUGCAGUCAUGAGUUCAAUCAUUUUAGCUGAGCAAAUGUUCCUGGGAAGGGUAAUUGGUGCUAUUAUCAUCGUCGGAGGCCUAUAUCUUGUUGUUUGGGGUAAAAGCAAGGACCACAAAUACCCAUCUUUAACAGACGAUGACCAAACAAUUCCGACUAAACAAACAUCAGACACAGCGAACCAUGAAAAGCAAAACUUCAAUCAGGAAAACCUUCAAAUAGAAAUAUCCAACACAGCAAACCGUGGAAAGCAAAAUUCCGAUCAGGAAAACCAUCAGAUAUAAAUAUUGUAACCUAAAUUUCGAGGCCUAGAGAGAUUCAAGUUCUCCACAAGAAGAAGCAAGCACUUGUUCGAACAUCUCUAGUUUGUCACUGCGCCUAUUUUGACCGUAAGAUUAACAAAAUGGUCAACAGAUUAAAAUUUUGCAGUAAAAUUAGUGGACAAACUGUACUCUCUGUGACUAAACUAAGAAUUGUAAUGCAAGAAUCAAUUUUUUCCAGCUAAACAAUUUAUAAAAUA